AUGAUUAAAAAAAAAAAAAAAAUAACAAAUAGCAAUAAUAAUAAUAAAAGCAAAUUUUAUAUAAAAAAGUUAAAAAAAAAAGUUUGCCAAAAAAAUAGAGUGAGGAUAUUAGUGGUUGGAAAUGUCUUUAAUCCUAAAGAUUUUAUCAUUUUGUAUGUAAUUAGUAUAUUCGCUUUCAAUGGUUGA